AUGCCGCUCGAACGCGCACACUCUGGCUGCUACCACCCCUUCCUAAUCAACACCACGCUACAAGCUAUUGAUCUGUCACAGCCCGGUACGGAUGAGAACAGAGGACUCAUUGGUGCCUGGGCACUCGUGUAUCUCGGGAUAGCAGCCUCUAAUUCAAUCUACCAGUAUCAGAAUUUCAGAUUCGCCACGCGAGUGCGAGGUGCCCUGAUCACAACCAUUUAUCAUCACACUCUCCAAACACGAGUGGCUGAUUCAGGCGACAUCACCGCCGUUUCUCUGAUGGGCACGGAUGUGGAGCGCAUAGUGAAUGGCCUGGAGCUCUUCCAUGAAACAUGGGGCGCAUUAGUCGAAAUUGGGAUUGCGUGCUGGCUACUCGGUCGGCAGCUCUCCGUAGCCUGCAUUGCCCCCGUAAUCCUGGUACUUCUAUUUGUGGCGGGCAGUUCGAAGUUGUCGUUUUCAAUGAAUACCGCCCAACGAAGAUGGAUUGAGAAGGUCCAGGAACGGCUUCGCGUUACCUCCGCUAUGCUCGGCGACAUGAAAGCUGUGAAGAUGUUGGGGCUUUCUGGAGUCCUGCUGCCAGUGAUCCAAGGCUUUCGGAGUCGGGAGAUCGAGACCUCGCGCUCAUACCGAAAGCUUCUCGUCGCCAUGCUGUUACUGUCCUUGACACCGAUCAACCUGGCACCUGUAUUGACGUUUGGCAUUUACACCAUCAUCGCGGUGUUCUGGAAAAGCCAAACCCUUCUUUUGGCGCAGGCCUUUACCUCCCUGUCAUUGAUCUCUUUGCUGACGACCCCAGUGAUCGUUUUCAUCCAAACGAUGCCGGUGGUAUUCCAGUGUGUUGGUAAUUUUGAUCGCAUUCAAGAAUAUUGCAAUUACUCUGCCCAGACGACAAAUAUCCCCAAUGAUGGCGAAGGGCCCCCGACGCCUUGUUCAAAUUCAGAGCAAGAGACAACCCUUGAGUCUCUGGCGCUGGGAACUCUCCCAAAGGGCGGAUUGCAUUCUCAUUCCGUCGUCCACCCAGAUCUUCGCCUGGAUGGCCAUGGGUUUGCUUGGAACCGCUCCAGCGCUGACCCGGUCCUCCAUGACCUCCAAAUCACCAUCAAGCGGGGCAGUAUAACCGCAAUUGUUGGACCAGUCGGAAGCGGGAAGUCCAGUCUCUUACACGCCCUACUAGGGGAGCUGGUUGAUAUUCCGUUAGAGCAUGGAUCACCGAGGCAGGACAAGGUAGAUCCCCGAGCACGCGAGGCCAUGGCCUACUGUGCCCAACACCCGUGGCUAGAGAACCACACCAUCCGCGAGAAUAUCCGAGGGUCGUCGCCGUGGGAUUUGAAGUGGUAUCAUUGUGUAUUGUCGGCUUGUGCUCUGGAGACCGACCUAGCGCAGCUGGAGAAAGGGGAUUUCACUCGCGUGGGAAGCGAUGGCGUGAAAUUGAGCGGGGGACAGAAACAGCGGAUCGUUAUGAUCACAAAGGCUUUGGCUCGGGCUGUCUAUUCCAAGCGAAGCAUCUUGCUGCUGGAUGAUGUGUUUAGCGCUAGAAUCAUGAUGCUGGCAGACAAGAUCAUCGUCCUUAAAGAAGGUAGAGUUGUAGACGCUGGGAAGCCUUCCUCUUUGGCUCAAAAAGACAAGGGCUAUGUCAAAGAGCUUGGUCUUUGCAUGACCGGCUCGUGGGACAAAAUGCCAAUUGAAACAGACAAUGCGUUGACUGCGAAAGAGGUUUCGCCCACAGCUGGCCUGACUUCCGCAAUAUCCAGGGAGGGCGAUAUGAAUGCCGCCCUAAUUGAAGAUCCGACGAGCAACGCACCAACCGACCUCAGGCGAAAGAAUGGAGAUCUGUCAGUUUAUGGGUAUUAUCUCACCAGCUCGGGCUAUGCGGCUGUCGGGCUUUAUACUCUGUUCAUGGUCCUAUGGAUCUUCUUUAUCGAGUUCUCAGUGAUAUGGGUUAGUUGGUGGUCAGAGGCCAAUGAAACACAUCCAAAUGAGAAGGUAGGUAUGUACAUGGGCGUCUAUGCCACGAUGGGGGUUCUAGGGACACUUGCUGCUUGUCUCGCUGCGUGGGUUGCUUUCGUUUCUAUCGUGAGCAACUCGGCAACCAGCAUUCAUUUGGAUCUGCUGGCCGCUACCCUUAAGGCACCGUUUCGCUUCUUCACAAGCACCGAUAACGGUGAACUUCUCAACAGGUUUAGCGAGGACAUGGAGCUCAUAGACAUGGAUCUCCCAUCGACCGCCCUGAACUACACGUCAAGUAUUCUACCCUCUCCCAACAAUGUGUCCCUUUCUAGACUACUGACGAUCAUCAAAGCGACUAUAUCUUGCCUUGCCCAAGUGAUAAUCUUAGCGAUCUUCUCCCGCUCCCUUGCCAUUGCCAUCCCGAUCGUCUUUGCCCUGCUCUACGUGCUACAGCGCUUCUACCUCCAAACUUCCCGACAGAUGCGUCUCCUAAUGAUCGAAGCCAAAGCUCCACUAUACACCCAUUUCACCGCCACCGAGUCAACAUCCCGGUCCGGGGGAACCACUAUCCGUGCCUUUGGCUGGACCCAUGACUACCAGCGCCGUGUCGCCCGCCUAGCGGACUGUUCGCAGCGACCAGCCUACCUACAGAGCUGCAUCCAACACUGGCUAACCUUCGCGCUCAACGUCCUGAUGGCCGCCCUAGUGGUAAUUCUUGUUGGGACCGUGAUAGCCUGGCGCCGCCAGCUGGACAUCCGCGUCGGCGGCGUGGGUGUCGCGCUAGUCAUUCUCACCGGCCUGGGCGAGACGCUGACCCGGUUGAUCCGCACAUGGACCCGACUAGAGUCGAGUGUCGGUGCCGUGACGCGCGUGCGACGCUUCGUGACGGAGACGGAGACCGAGGAUGCAGAGCAGGAACCGAAGACUGCGGAUGGAACAAUAGCUCCGUGGUCACGGCCUGGUGCUGUGGAAUUUGAGGGCGUGGUGGCGGGGUUUACAGCCCCGGGUUCCUCCAGUCUUUCCACUGCCGGUGCAGUCCUCAAAGCCAUCACCCUCUCAGUUCAGCCAGGCGAGCACGUUGCUAUCUGUGGCCGAUCAGGGAGCGGCAAGACAUCGCUGCUGCUGGCCUUACUACGCAUGGUUGAGGUGCUUGAGGGCCAGAUCCUAGUAGAGGGCCAGGUGGCUGUUGCUGCUGGCGCAUUCGCCGCGCAGGAGGCGGAUGCUUUCCGCCGAUGCCUCAACGUGGUCCCGCAGGACCCGUUUCUCCUGAAAGGCACAAGUGUGCGGUUCAAUCUCGAUCUGUACUCCGAGGCACAGUCCGAGGCAGAACUCGUGGAUGCGUUGCACCGAGUAGGGCUGUGGGAACUGGUGCAUGCGCAAGGGGGUCUGGACACGAUUGUGGAUACCUUGCCAUUAUCGGCAGGGCAGCAACAAUUGUUCUGCUUUGCGCGGGCAAUUGUCCGGCGCCGGCACUGCAGUAUUCUUGUUCUGGAUGAGGCGACGAGUAGGUGA